AUGGCAACUUUAUCACAGCCGUUCAGGCUUGCCGUUCUUCCUAAGAUUGCCUCGCUGAACAACUAUUCAUCGCAGGCCAACCUAUUACCAGUGGCGGACAAUUUGGUGCCCUCUACGAAUUACAUCACGGUUGGGAUAUCAGGAUCUGCGAUUUCGCAGUUUGUGGUGAACCCCACGCCAAAGGCGGUGUAUAGUUUGCCCAUCUCAUCGAUCAGCACGGUUACUGCCUGUGACGUCACAGAAUCCGCGGCAGGAACCGAGGUAUGGUGCUAUGCUUUGCAAGCUAACAAGAGUUUUACAAUCCAUUGUGUGGAAAAACCCACCUCAUCCGCACCCGCUACGGAUUCGCAUUUUGGAGAAACACAUACCAGCAAUAAAAUCGUCGUGGCAGACCUUGUAGUGAGCGUCAAAGUAAUGAAAUCCAUAAGAGCCGUCAUGGUGGUGCUUCGAAGCGGAUUGGUGCACUUUUACGACUUUUCACUGAGACUUCAGUUCUCUUACGAUUCCUCAGACAAAGAAGUGCAGUUCGUACAGCAUUUCAGCAACGAAAGCAACGAAAGUUUCGUUUUCCUUUUGAGCAACCUCGAAGGUGGGAAAACAUCGUUCAAGCUUUUGAAAGUGGGAUCCAAUUUAACGCUACCCGUUAAAGAAUUGAGCGCCAUCAUCCUGGAGGAUUUCUGUCUCAAGGAUUCCAAGAUCUUUUACGAGUUUGGCAACGUUUAUCGGUUGCGCGGUGCAAGCAUAGACAUUUACAGCUUGCCCUAUUUCCAGCAUAUCCAUACAGUCUCGUUACCCUUUUUGAAAAAGAGCACCGAGACGUCUUUCAAGCCAAUUUCCAAAAACAGGGCUCUUCUAACAUCGGAUAAUCAUAUCUUUUUACUCGAUCUGCUGCAUAAUGCCAUCUUGAGUCAAAGAGAGCUCGCCCACCUAAAAACAUUCCAGAUUCUAGGUACGGCAGUCAUCCCAGGAAAUUCUGAGACUAGUAACGAAACCAUGGCAAUCGGGGUCUCGAUCAAGCACGGUUCCAACUCCACAAGCUCGUUGGACAUCAUCAACAUUGAUGUGGGAACCGGUACUCUCAAGGAUUCGCUAGGCAAAGGCUUUUCGCUGCGUUCCUCCACCGACAGACAUGUACAGCCACUGAUAGACGAUAUGGAUGGGGUUGAAACUCACGAAUACGAUUAUGACCAGAUCUUGAAAGAUUUGCAGAAGGCAAAGGGUAGCAUUGACAAAUUUGACGCUUCGUUUUUCAAGAAACUGGGGAUUAAAAAGGAUUAUUACACGGAUUCAGACCGUUUUAUUAAUGAUCAAGACUUUCUGCACGAUGUCGUGUCCGUUAUCUACAAAGAUUUCGUUUCAGAAUACCCUAAGGCCUUGCCAUACCUUUUAACACAUCCACUUUUUCCAAAAUCGCAUACACCGGGAAUUUUACAAAAGCUAAAGGACCACCCCCGGCUGUUCAAGCAAGCAAUUGUUACUUGUCCAAGCCUCCCGCUGGACGAUCUACUGCAGGAGCUUUUCACGGUGAUCAAUGACGAGCUCUGUCUAGAUCUUUCAUUACGCAUUCUGCAAGAUUUUAACAAAGAGACAAUCAAAGAAGCGAUCAAGACUAAGAGUAAAGUUGACGUGAAUAACUUCAUUGAGUUUGUGAUGGAUGAAAACACGGACGACGACAGGAUUAAAAACAAGCCUCGUUUAUUCCAACUACUGGGUCUCAUUCUUGACACAGUAGGUCUUUUUGCCCUCACAGAGAACACUCUUGGCAAGCUUUCAUCCUAUAUCGACUGCCAAUUGAACGUUGUGAAGCAGAACGUGGAACUAUUCUAUUUGCUGGAUGACAAGAAUCUCAAGAUCAUCAAAACGAACCCUCACCAGGAAGAGGCCUCUGACUCGACAGAAGGACGUCUUGCAGCAUACUCAGUUGAGCAAUUAGAGCUAUGA